AGAAAGCAGGAAGAGACGGCAACAGGGCAGAGAGCGAGGGCACGGCCAGCUCUCGCCACUCCUGCGCACCAUGGGAGCAGGCGCCAAGGCACCGCGGGGCAGUGGGGCUGCCGGGACGCUGCCCGCCCCGGGACGGUGACAGGGAAGGGGCUGGCUGGGAGCACCCACUCGCCACCUCCCAUGUCCCUGUGUCCCCUCUUCCUGGCAGCACUGUGACACAGAUUUGACCCUUCCGGAGCCCUCGACCCUGCGAUGGGGAAGCCGUGACGGAGACAGGACGCAGCGGGCACCGGGGCAGGACGCACGCUGGAAGCGUUGGAUGGGACCGGCAGCUCCCCAAAGGACGCAGCUGGGGACGCAAGCACUGCAGAUGCCCCCAGCCAUCGGGGUACAUCCCACUGCACGUCCCUGACCCCUGCGCCCCCCCCCAGGCACCGCCCUGCCCCCAGCUCUAAGGAUGCACCGGCUUCUCCUGCUCAGCUCCCUCUGGCUCUUGGCAGCACCCCCAGCAUCGAGCAUCUUCCAGCGGCCGACGGGGAGCCCGGCCCCUCCCCACCUGCAGUACCUGCUGGAGCCCCUUCACACCAUGGUGCACACACAGCGGGGUGCCACGGCCACCCUGCCCUGUGUCCUGCGCGCCCUGCCCCGCAACUACCGGGUGAAGUGGAGCAAGUUGGAGCCAGCCAACUAUCGGGAGAGCAUCAUCCUCAUCACCAACGGGCUGUACCACAAGAACUAUGGGCCACUGAGCCCACGGGUGCGCCUGCGGCACAGCCACCGCUACGAUGCCUCGCUCACCAUCACUGAUGUGGCUCUGGAGGACGAGGGACGGUACCGCUGCCAGCUUGUCAAUGGGCUGGAGGACGAGAGUGUCUCGCUCACGCUGCACCUCGAAGGCGUCGUCUUCCCCUACCAGCCCAGCAACGGACGCUACAAAUUCAACUACCAUGAAGCCAAGCGAGCCUGCGAGCAGCAGGACUCCCGCCUCGCCACCUACCAGCAGCUCUACAAAGCCUGGAUGGAGGGUCUGGACUGGUGCAACGCCGGCUGGAUCCUCGAUGGGACCGUCCACUACCCCAUCAUCAACUCCCGGGAGCCGUGUGGUGGCCACCUCCUCCUGCCGGGUGUUCGGACCUAUGGGGCCAGGGACAAGCAGAAGGACCGAUUCGAUGCUUUCUGCUUCACCUCUGCUCUUCAAGGCCAGGUCUACUUCAUCCGGGGCCACCUGAACUUCAAGGAGGCCGGACAAGCAUGCCGCAACCACGGGGCUGCCAUCGCCAAAGUGGGGCAACUCUACUCCGCCUGGAAGUUUUCCCAGCUGGAUCGCUGUGAUGGGGGUUGGCUGGCAGACGGCAGUGUGCGGUACCCCAUUACCACACCCCGCGAGCGCUGCGGGGGGCUGCCGGACCCCGGCGUCCGCAGCUUCGGCUUUCCCAGCAAGGAGCUGCGGACCUAUGGCACCUACUGCUUCGUGGGGAAGUAGAAAAGCCAGAAGGAGAGGUGGGCUGAGCGAAGGGUACCAUGGUAGGAUGCCGGCCCCUGUCACCCGGGUGGAGAGCUUGAGGUGGGGUAUUAGGGGGGGUCUCCCAGUGAUUUCGAGUGGUUCGUGCAUCCUCUGAUGGAGCGAUAGAGCUGGGUUUGGGUGCUCGGUGCAUCCUCUGAUGAAGCUACUCCCCACGCCCCAGCCUGCUUUGGGGCUUGUUGGGUGUUCGGGGCUUGCUGGAGAAGCCAGACCCGUUGCUGGGCCAGGAAGGGGGUCUAAUCCAGCCCCCCCAGCCAGCAGCACAGGCCCCCCCUUCCCCAACCCCAGUGUGUCCCUUGGCCCAUCCUUGCUCCCCGCAGCCACAAGGACUCUGGCUGGUGCAAGCGCACUGGAGGGCUGGGCAUUAACGAGCGUGACUAAUGGAGUUUCGCCUUCUCAAUUAAUAAAGCGAUGGUAAAGCUGCA